AAAAUAUUUCUUCUUGAAUAUAGAGGAGAAUUGCUAGACGCAAGCUUAGGAGAAGAUAUGUUAAACCAACAUCAUUUGAAUAAUUAUGGAUCCUACGUAUACUUUUUUUAAGCAUAAGAAACAAAUGUUAAGCAUUGAUGCUACAAAUAGCGAUUGUUUAGCAAGACUGGUAAAUGACUCUCCAUUUAAUAAGUCUAAUUGUAAAAUGGAAGUUGUGGAGGUGGAUGGAAGACCGCAUUUGUGUCUGUUCUCCAUUAGAGAAAUUUCGCCUUAUGAAGAGCUUCGGUAUGAUUAUGGUGUUGGAGGUUUAGAAUGGAGGAAGGUAGGGACAUUUAUAAUUAAGUCCUAAUAAUUCCUACCACAGAAACAUUUACGUGUCAUAGUGUAUUUUAGAAUAAAGAUUUUAGAAGUCCAAUUCGACUAAAUCAGAAACAGGUAACAAAAACGUUUUUUUCUAUUAUAUCAUAUCAAAUUCUUCAAGCAAGUCUACAAUAUUCAGGUUUAUUAAGAUUAAACGGGUAAAGUUAUUGCUUUUGCUUUAUUUUUGCGGCAUUACAAAAUCUUUUCCUGUCCUGUAACAAAAUCUACAAUUUUAUGUGU